AGCAAACACGUGAGUGAGCCGAGAAAAACUUUACUACCAUCAUUCAGUACAUAUAAUAAAAAUGAAGAGUUAUUAGUAAAUGUUUUAACUAGAUGGGAUUGUAGUCAGUAGUGAGAAAGUGAAGAUUAACAGUUUGAAACAGGUUGAUAUUUGGACAUAUUCUAGGACAGAAGCAACACAAAAAACACACUUCUGUUGUGUGUGCGUGUGUUGUCUUCAGUUUCACUUCUGUCAUGGGCUCCACAGCAACAAAGAGUCUCCCUGACGAAACUGAUGAAGACACAAUGAACAGUUUGAUUGAUAGAGAAUCUGCUGAAUCUAUGAAAAGUGAUGAUUCAAUGCCACAUCCACCUAACUUCAGUUUAGAAGACUCUGAUACAGAUGUGAGGAAUUUCAAAGGAAAGUCCUCCAAAGGGAAGGAUAUGGAUUCUGUUUUCCAGGAGCUUGAACACGAAAUCAUCUCUCUGAUGAAGGAAGAGCUGAAGAUCUUCAAGAGUCUACUGAGCUCAGAUUACCCAGAAUGCUCUGAAAGAGAGGAAGAGGAGGAUGAAGAUCAGAUCAGAGAGGAGCUUCUGAAGAUCACACUGCACGUCCUGAAGAAGAUGAACCAGAAAAACCUUGCUGAUAAACUACUGACCAAAAUUUUACCUUUGUGUGUGAAAAAACACAAAUCCAGACUAAAGGAGAAAUUUCAGAGAAUAAAUGAAGGAAUAUCAAGUCAAGGAAACUCAAGACUUGUGAAUGAGAUCUACACAGAGCUGUACAUUACAGAGGGAGGGAGUGAAGAACUCAAUAAUGAACAUGAGGUGAGACAGAUUGAGACAACAUCCAGAAGAUCAGAGACACAAGAAACACCAAUCAAAUGUAAUGACAUCUUUAAAGCUUUACCUGGACAAGACAAACACAUCAGAACUGUGCUGACUAAAGGAAUUGCUGGAAUUGGAAAAACCGUCUCUGUACAGAAGUUCAUUCUGGACUGGAGUGAAGGAAAAGCAAAUCAGGAUCUUCACAUCAUAUUUCCACUUCCAUUCAGAGAACUGAAUCUGAUGAAGAACACAAAUAUCAGUCUGAUGGAUCUUCUUCAUCAGUUCUUCACAGAUACAGUAGAACUGAGAUCAAGAGACUUUGAUUUCUAUAAAGUUGUGUUUAUCUUUGAUGGUCUGGAUGAGUGUCGUCUUCCUCUAGAUUUCUCAAACAAUCAGAGUUUGUUUGAUGCAAGAGAAAAAGCUUCAGUGGAUGUGCUGUUGACAAACCUCAUCAAGGGGAAUCUGUUUCCUUCUGCUCUGAUCUGGAUAACAUCACGACCAGCGGCAGCCAAUCAGAUUCCUUCUGACUGUGUCCACCAGAUAACAGAUGUACGAGGAUUCAAUGAUCCUCAGAAGGACGAGUAUUUCAUCAAGAGAAUAAAUGAUGAGAGUUUGUCCAACAGAAUCAUCAGACACAUCAAAUCAUCCAGGAGUUUGUACAUCAUGUGUCACAUCCCAGUCUUUUGUUGGAUUACAGCCACUGUUCUAGAGAGAAUGUUGAGUGAAUCAGAGAGUCAAGCAGAGAUCCCCAAGACUCUCACUCAAAUGUUCACACACUUCCUGAUAUUUCAGACCAAACUGAAGAGUCAGAAGUAUGAUGGGAAACUUGAGGUAGAUCUUCAGCAGGUCAGAAAGAGUCUUCUGUCACUGGGAAAACUGGCUUUUCAACAGCUGGAGAAAGGGAAUCUGAUCUUCUAUGAGGAGGAUCUGAGAGAGUGUGACAUUGAUGUCAGAGAUGCUUCAGUGUACUCAGGAGUUUGUACUCAGAUCUUCAGAGAGGAGCUUGGACUGAACCUGGUGAAGGUCUACAGCUUUGUGCAUCUGACCAUUCAGGAGUUUCUUGCUGCUUUAUUUGUCUUUCUUUCAUUUUCUCAACAAACGCCAGGAUUCUUCAGCAUGAUCAGAUUUUCAGAUUUAAUGAAGAGUGAAGUGGACAAAGCCUUACAGAGUGAGAAUGGACACCGGGACCUUUACCUCCGAUUCCUUAUGGGUCUCUCACUGGAGUCCAAUCAGAUGAUCCUACGAGAUCUACUGACACAGACAGGAAGAAGAUCUGACACCAGACAGGAAAUAGUUGAGUACAUUAAGAUGAAGAUCAGAGAGAAUCAAUCUCUAGAGAAAUCCAUCAAUCUGUUUCACUGUCUAAAUGAGCUGAAUGAUCAAUCUCUAGUGAACGAGGUACAAACAUAUCUGAACAGAAAAGAUAACAGUCGUCUCUCUGGAGUCAAACUCUCUCCCUCUCAGUGGUCGGCUGUGGUGUUUGUGUUACUGAACUCAGAUCAGACGCUGGAUGAGUUUAAACUGGAGAAAUAUGGUCAAUCCGAUGAAUGUCUUCAGAGGCUGCUGCCAGUGAUCAAAGCAUACAGAAAAGCUGAUCUGAUGGCAUGUAAUCUGACAGAGAAAAGUUGUUCAUCAUUGAGUUCAGUUCUCAUCUCAAACUCCUCAAGUCUGACAGAACUGAACCUGGGUGGAAAUAAACUCCAGGAUUCAGGAGUAAAGCUUCUCUCUGAUGGACUGAAGAAUACAAACUGUAAACUGAGGAUAUUACAUCUGUGGUCCUGCGGUAUUGGAGAUGAAGGUUUUGUUGCUUUGGCGUCAGCUCUGAGAUCAAACCCAUCACACCUGACUGAACUCAAUCUGUACGGUAAUAAUCCAGGAGAUUCAGGAGUGAAGCUGAUCUCUGAUCUACUGAUGGAUCCACAGUGUAAACUACAUAAACUAGAUCUGAGCUACUGUAAUCUGACAGAGAAAAGUUGUUCAUCAUUAAGUUUAGUUCUCAUCUCAAACUCCUCAAGUCUGACAGAACUGAACCUGAGUGACAAUAAACUGCAGGAUUCAGGAGUGAAGCUUCUCUCUGAUGGACUGAAGAAUACAAACUGUAAACUGAAGAUAUUAAAUCUGAUGAACUGUAAUCUGACAGAGAAAAGUUGUUCAUCAUUGAGUUCAGUUCUAAGCUCAAACUCUUCAAGUCUGACAGAACUGAACCUGAGUCUCAAUGAUCUGCAGGAUUCAGGAGUGAAGCUUCUAUCUGAUGGACUGAAGAAUACAAACUGUAAACUCAAAAAAUUAAAUCUGAUGUCCUGCGGUAUUGGAGAUGAAGGUUUUGUUGCUUUGGCUUCAGCUCUGAGAUCAAACCCAUCACACCUGACGGAACUCAGUUUGAUCAAUCCAGGAGAUUCAGGAGCGAAGCAGAUGUUUGAUCUACUGAAGGAUCCAACCUGUAAACUACACAAACUACAUAUCUGAUCUGGACUGUAUCUUCAUCUACAAGAGCUACGGAGGACGAAUCAAACAACACGCUUCAGUCAUAAAGUUAUCUCUUGAAAUAUUUCGCCUUGAUUCGACUUAUGCAACUUCUGAUUCUCUAUUCAGAUUCUGGACUUUAUAAAGAAAGACUCAUUAAAAAAGGGAUUAGACUAAUCCUAGUCUAAAAUAAAUGUAAGAGCUGUUAAAACUGAAAACAACUUGCACUGACAUAUCUUAAGAUACAUCAGUGCCCUUUGUUUUGCCUUAAAAUUCACAAAAGUAAUGUUUUAGUAAAGCAUGUUUGUUAAACUAGUUAUAUUAUCUUAUUAAACUAAGGCCUAGUCCUGGUUUAAGCUAAUUCCUGUCCGGGAAACCACCCCAGAAAGUUAAAUCUGAGUUUAACAUGUUUUCAACCAGUGGCAGCUGGUCAAUGGGGGGGCCGCCCCCCAAAGUUGGCCAGAGAAGAAAGCUCUCAACCAGUUCUGUCCCUAAUGGAAGUUUCUGAAUCUACAGUUAAUACAUACCUAAAUUCUCUUAAAGCUCCACUGUGUAAGAUCUACUCCCAUCUAGCGGUGAAAUUCUAUAUGACAACCAACUGAAUAUUACUUUCUAGCCCCCCCAAUUCGGAACGCGUUUUAACUCGUACGGUGACCGUGUCAUGCCAAGGUUAACAUGGCUUCCAGUAGCUACAAAGCAAAAGCGAUGAAAAAAAUGAACAAUUUGCAAUGUCCUUUGCCUGUGAACCAUCAAAGCACACAGAUUUAUGUUAAACAUGGAAAAAGUCUUAUUUAUUUUCAUGAUAUGUCCGCUUAAAAUCACAUACAUCCAUAAACGUAGCUUAGACACUCCUUUUUCAUCAACGCGAGGAAAAAUAUCCCAGGGACUGUUACACUUGGUAUUAAGAUGUGUUUUCGUCGAUCGGAUCACAAGUGGACGAGAGAGACACAUCACGUUUACACUUGGUGUUUAAAUCCCUCUCUUUUUGUCCAUUUUUGACCGCACCUCUCCAGAUUACUGAGGGGAUGGUCUGUGGACGAGUCCCUCUCAUGUCAUUUAAUCAUGAGCGGGAGUAAUGACGGGUUUAAAUGGACACAAACUAAUAUUAUGUCAGAGUCCAAUGCUUAUGUUUUAAGUAAACAUGUUACAUGUCCGUGUACAGUACCUCAGAUUACAUAAAUGGGCGGAGAGACGGCGUGUGGCUGUUCGAACACAUCAAAUCACAUGAAUGUUUACACUAACAAGUGUUAUGCAUAGUCAUGCUAUAGUUAGCCUAGGAACUAUAAAACUUCAAGUUUACAACAUAGACUGUAUAGAUGUAAACGAAUAUGCUGAAUUACCUGUGGAGAAGAUAGAAAGUGCAACUUCAGUCUCCCUUGAGUCCCAUCUUGGAAAACUAACAUUACUCCAAUAUUGACUUUGGUCUUGUUGUUUUUCCUGUCGCAUUGUCAUUUUAAAACCCCUUUUCGCUUCCUUGGCGACGUGUUUUAAUGUCCUCGAAAAUAAGUCUUCAACAGGCUUUCAAAUCUGCCUCAAAUCAAAGAUCGCGUGGUCAUCACGGUUUGCAGCUGUUGCAGCCGAAGGAUUCAGGUUGCAUAUGUGGGCUGCAUACGUCAUCAAACCUGGUUUAUUUAAAUUAACUGAGCAUUACAUUCACAAGUCAUAAUCAUAUUACAUAAAUAUGCAAUUAACUAAGAAUAAUUGUCAGCUUUAUAAUUGUUAAUAUUCUGAAAUAAGACUGUCUUGAUGACGUAUACCGCCUACACAUGCAACCUCCGGAGGCUUCAGCUAGCGGCCAGCGUGAGUGUAGUCUGAAAGCGCGAAAGGCGGAGCUUGAAUUUCAGGAAUGUCCCUCGUCGGCGAAUGUAUUUCAAAGAUGGAGGCACAACAUGGAUGCGCCAGUCGACCGAUUCGACCGUAUGUAUUUUAAAUAGCAGAUUCUACACUUACGAGAAUACUUUGAUUAGUGGGUGGGAACUAAUUACACAUGAAUGAGCACAUACUUUUGAAAGAAAACAUGGGUUUUUUUUAAGAAUUAAUUCAAAAAAGUACACAGUGGAGCUUUAAAACCUCUAAAUCAAAUUAUAUAUUUGGACAAGACUCCCUUUUUUAAAAGGCAUGUGGAUUUAUUUACUGGUCCAACAACAAAGUUAAUUAAAGCUGCAAGCAGCGAUGGAAGGGCCCUCGCACGUAUGAGCACCGCCACCCGAUGGCCUUAGGAAAAACUGUGAACAGUGUGGAUAUGAAUUUUUGUGUGCAAAUAUAUGUGGAUAUUUUAAUUAGACUGACCAAAUAUGAUGUUGAUAUUGUUAAAUCUCUUAGAGCAGUGAAUCAGUGUUUUCUGAUUCAUCUAGGUGGCGCUAUGACUGUAUCUGUAUUUUGCUAUGUUGAUGGUUACAGGCCGGGCCCCUUAUUAACCAUGUGAAGUAUUGGGCAGGUUGGACAUUGUAUGCCUGAAUUACAACAACUUCCAGUUUCAUGGUGAAACAUCAAACUUUGCCAGACUGCCACGGACACGCCUUUCAACGAAAAGUCAAGAUUUUUACGAUUUAUCAUCGCAAAGUCCUUAAGAUCUGUCUGACCAAAUAAGAUGAUGAUCUAAUAAAAUUUCUGAGCAAUAAAUCACAGUGUAAAACCUGACAUUUCCUGCUGCCAGCAGGUGACGCUAUUACUGUAUGUGAAUAAUUCCAUGUUGAUGUGUUCAGGCCAGGGCACUUAUCAAUCAUGCGAAGCGUGGGUCAGAUUCGAUAUUGUGAGCCUGAGUUAGAACAACUUCCUGUUUUAUAGCGAAAAGCUGAAAUGUGGCAGGCCGCCAUGGACACAUCCUCCAACGAAAAGUCAAGAUCUCCGAAAUUUAGCAUCGCAAAGGCCUUUAGAUGACACAGACCAAAUAUGGUUUUAAUCUAAGGAAAUCUGUCAGAGUAGUUUGUUAUAGUAUGAAGCCUGGAAAUGGUAAAAUUUGCGCUCAAAUUAUUUAUUUUUUAUUUAUUUAUUUAUUGCCAAAGAUUUAUUCCUUGGAUUUUUCUUGGUGAGCUCAUCCACAAUAGUGUCAAACAUUUAAAUACAUUGAAAUACAUUGUUACAUACACAUACAUAUACAACUGUAUAUUUCUAAACAAUUAUAAGGAAUGAAAUACAGUUGCAGAAGAGUUGAGAGCAUGAACAAUCCUACAAUAGGUACUAUUCAAAAAACGUGUAGUCUUAGUUUUAAUUUCUCUAAGGCGUCUACCUGAAGGAAGAGGCCUAAGGAGGUGACUAGCUGGAUGUAGGGGAUCUUUCAGGAUCAUUAAUCCCUUUUUCUCCAAACGUGAAACAUAAAUCUCAUCAAUAGAGGGAAGAUCACAACCAAUAAUUUUCGAAGCAACCCGAGGAAUAUUAUUAAUCUGAGCUCUCUGCUGAACUGUGGAGUUACCAAACCACACUAUACGCGAGAAUGUCAACACACUUUCAAUGACCGCUCUAUAAAAGUUUAACAUACCAGCUUUAGAUACGCCAAACUUUCUGAGCUGUCUUAAGAAAAAGAGCCUUUGGUGAGA